GAGCACGAUGGCGGCGCCGGGGCCCGUCCCAGCCGCGGCGGUUCGGGCCGUGCUGAGGCCGAGCGGGCCGCUCCCGCCCGACGCCCUCCCGGUGCGCGGCUACGACUUCGCGGGCGGCCCGGACCACGCAGCGCUGCUGCGCUCCUUCCUCACCACCGGCUUCCAGGCCACCAGCUUCGCGCAGGCCGCCGCUGAGAUCCACCGCAUGAUCGAGGCGAAGCUGGAGCCGCUGAGCGAGGAGGAGCGGGGCCGCGCCGGGCUGGGCGGGCAGCGGCCGCCCUCGGGCUGCACCAUCUUCCUGGGCUUCACGUCCAACCUCAUCAGCUCCGGCGUCCGGGAGAGCAUCCGGUACCUGGUGCAGCACAACAUGGUGGAUGUGCUGGUGACCACGGCCGGAGGGGUGGAGGAAGAUCUCAUCAAGUGCCUGGCACCCACCUACAUCGGGGACUUCAGCCUCAGGGGUCAGGAGCUGCGCCAGAGCGGGAUCAACAGGAUUGGGAACCUCUUGGUGCCCAACGAUAACUACUGCAAGUUUGAGGACUGGUUGAUGCCCAUCUUGGAGAAGAUGGUGGACGAGCAGGAAACGCAGGGCACAAAGUGGACCCCGUCAAGGAUGAUCGCGAGGCUGGGCCAGGAGAUCAACAACCCCGAGUCAGUCUGUUACUGGGCACAGAAGAACAAGAUCCCGGUGCUGAGCCCGGCGCUCACCGACGGCUCCCUAGGGGACAUGAUCUUCUUCCACUCCUACAAGCGCCCAGGGCUGGUGCUGGAUAUAGUGGAAGACCUGCGCCUCAUCAACACCGAGGCCAUCUUUGCGAGGAAGACGGGGAUGAUCAUCCUGGGUGGGGGCCUGGUGAAGCACCACAUCGCCAACGCCAACCUCAUGAGGAAUGGGGCCGAUUUCUCCGUCUACGUGAACACAGCACAGGAGUUCGAUGGCUCCGACUCGGGAGCGCGGCCGGAUGAGGCCGUGUCCUGGGGCAAGAUCCGCAUGGAUGCCACCCCCGUCAAGGUCUAUGCUGAUGCUUCCCUUGUCUUCCCACUGUUGGUGGCAGAGACAUUUGCCCAGAGAGCUGAUGCUUUCCCUUUGGAUCCAGCAGGACACGGCGCUGAGGUGGAUCUGGAGGUUGGGAAGUGAACCCCCACCUUGGGGGGAGGUUGAGGACCCCCUGUUUGUGAGGGGCUGAGCCCCAACUACCUCUGCAGGGGUUCCAAUCCAUCCAUGUGUGUGUGUAUGUGUCCCCUUCCAGUGCUUGUAUUUAUUUGAGCUGCUUCCAGUAAAGCACCACAGUUCCUCUGCA